CCCCGGCGCCUUAAAAACCCGCUCGGACCGACACGCACGCAGUGUCCCGUCCCAGCGGAGCCUCCCCGCCGCAACCCCCUCCUCCACGCCCGGGCUCUCUGGUUGCCCCUCCGGCCGGGCAGGAUGGUGGUGUGCGGCCUCGCCUGCUGGAGGUGCCGGUGGCUUCUGCCUCUGCUGCUGGGGUUGGCCAUCAUCAUGGGCAUCAUCGCCCUGGCGGGCAGGGGCUGGCUGGAGUCCGAGUCGGAGCCUUACGUCCAGCAGGCGUCAUUAUGGGAGAGCUGCACCCGAGGCGAUGGGGACCUCAACUGGAACUGCGAGUCUCUCAUGGACUACGGAUGGGGAAGAGCAGCGGCUGCCACGUACCUCGUUGGCUUUGUGAUCCUGGUCAUCUGUUUCGCCCUGGCAGUCAUUGCCUUCUCCAUCGAGAUCCUCCGCUUCAACUUCGUGCGAGGGAUUGGAGGAUUGCUCUUUGUUGUUGCUGCGUUCCAGAUCAUAGGCUUGGUCAUCUACCCAGUGAAAUUCACAGAAGACAUUCCACUGACAGGAGAUAAUAUGUUCAGCUGGGCCUAUGGCUUUGGCUGGGCCAGCACUGUUGUUGUAAUAGGUUGUGCUUUCUUCUUCUGCUGCCUCCCCAACUGGGAAGAUGAAGUCCUGGGAAACAUCAAGCCUACCUAUUACUACUCUUCCCCAGAGAGAGCACCAUACUUAAACUGAAAGAUUAAAUCAAAGUACAAACAGCUGUCAAAACAACAGAGGAGCACUCUGCUGUAAAUUAGUGCCAUUAUAGGAGUCUUAAAAAAAAAACCAAAACAUCUUAUUUUUCUAGAGUAUUCCUUACUAGCCCUGGCAAUAAAUCAGUAAAAAAACCUUUGCCACCUUUAAGCAAACAGCUUUUACCUAAAGUAUUAUUUAUGCAUUCUCAUGUCAAUUCUGUUUGGCCUUCCCCUCCCAACUAAUUGAGUCAUCCUUAUUUUCUUCAAACUUUUGCUUAUGAAUAAAGAUGGAGUGUUUCAAGUGUAGAAAGGAAGAGGAGAGAUUUUAAACAACCCAUUAGAGGUACCUGCAACUACUUUGUUUCCACCUCUGACAGAAUAGCCUUAAAUGGAACUAGAGAAAAAAAACAUCCUUUCAGAGAAUGCCUUUUCUUCCACCAAAAUCAGUCCCAGGGAAGGAAUUUCCCUCUGAGACUGUUGCAGUCACAUGCUGCCUCUCCUCAUUCCUGUUACUGGACUAUUGUUGACUAUUAGCUAUUGGAACUAAGGGGAAAAUAAAAUUAAAAUUUAUUUUCCACCGAUUGGUGCUGUUGGAUGAAGUUCUCAUCUAAAGCAUGGAGCUGGUGUGUAUAACAGUGGCUGAUGGUGUUUUUGUGGCCACUGCAGAACUUGUGAUGGAGCCACAUACGAUUUAAUAUACAUUGUCACAGAGAGAAUCAAUAAGCCUUCAGCUGUUAACCUACAUACAUCUUUACAUGGUAUUUGAGGAAUGGUGAUUUAGAAAAUGCCUUUGAAUUGAAACGUGCACUGCUCUUUAUGUCUACAUUUUUAAAACUGCAGUGCUUUAAUUAUCAGCUGUGGUUUGGAGGGAAAUCUUGGCUUAAGAUGUUGUAAACCUCCACAAGUUUCAAAAGCACACUGUAGGUACUCCAGAGUUUUGUAAACUUGGGGAUGCUUUGUGAGUCACUAGGGCUAGCAGGUAAAAAUAGAAAAGCAGUUCUGUGGGCAGUUAACAUAUGCAAACUUCAUACAGACACCUAGAUCUGACUCAAGGAGUAAUCUGGCUGGUUCCUGGGUUCUGUUUCUGGAGCCAGCAAUUCCAAAUAAAUAUUCCAGAGAGGCAGAGCUGUGUCCGUGUUGGUCAUGCAGCUGCAGCAGCUUACAGCAGAUUAAGCUCUUUGUCAGAACUUUUUCCAGCUGGGGAAGAAGAAGAAAGAAGCUCAUUUGUGAAGCUUCUCUUCCAGCUAUGGGGGAAGUAGAUCUAGCAGAGGCAGAUUUCUUAGGGGGGGUACAGGUAGGGUGGAAAACAAAUGAGCCUUACUCUGUGUAACAAGCAGAUGGGGACUUAAUUCUUAGCAUUGUCAACCUAGUACUCAGGAGAGGGUAAGUGUGGGUAUAUGUAUUCAUCCAUGUACACAAAAUAGAACUUCAAAAGCAUUAAACGUAAAGCUAAAAUAGUUUAGAACUAAGACUUUUCCAUGCCAGGUAUUUCUUGUAUUAUAUAUUGUAUAGCUUUCUGUUUUGUGACACCUUUUUAAAUUUGGUAAUUCUGUAUAUUGCAUGCAAUCCUGUUUUGGAAAGGCCAGGUGGCCCUUCCAGGCCUGUCUUUUGUAACUGCAGCAUAAACAUCUGCAGACUUCAGAACUGUGUUACAAGCUCAGUCGUGGCAUAUACAAUCAAUUGUAUUUAUGAUUCUUGCAGAAAAAGAGAAUCCUGUGACAAAUGUCUAAUUUUUUUUUUCCUUUUCUGUACAAACUGGCUGGUGUGGAAUACUGUGUAGACUUCUUUGUAUCAUGAGUAACGUUUGUGCCUAAGUUUCUAGUGAAUUUAAAACACAGCAGAGAAUCCCAAGUCUGGAAAAUCCUUUCACAGCUAAAGCUGAGGAGGAGAAAAGAUGUAAGGAAAUGGACACCCUUCCUAAUGAGAGGGAGAAUGGUAUGGUAAUAGGGCUAAGCAUAACUUAAAGUAUUUUUUACAUUUGUUGUUUUUAU